CUAGCUCCAUUAUAAAAUCCGAUCCCACUUUCUCUUUUGUCCUUGAAACAGAUUAGCUUUUAGCUCCUUUCCCCUAAAACUUUCAUUUCUGAUAAUCUUUUCUUUCUAUAGUAAACCUUAAAUCCCACAAGAGUAAACAAACCUCUUUAUUGCUGUUUGUUUUUCUUAAAUGAUUUUUACGUCAUUUUGUGUGUUCUUCACCCAACUUUAAACUCUCAAAAAUUGUAUCAUAUCUAAAAGAAAAAAAAAAAAGGAAGUUGAAAUGCUAGAGACUCUGAAGUACCUAAUCGGCUCAACAGGAGUCAGCGGCUUCGGCUCUAAGUCCACCGCCGAGGAAGUCACCGAGACUUGCCCUGAUCUCCGCUCUAUAACAGCCAUCAUCACAGGUGCGACGUCGGGGAUCGGAGCUGAGACGGCCAGAGUGUUGGCCAAACGAGGAGCGAGGUUGGUGCUUCCAGCUCGGAACCUUAAAGCCGCUGAGGAAGCAAAGGCUAGGAUAGUUUCCGAGUUUCCUGAGUCAGAAAUUAUUGUCAUGGCUCUUGAUCUUAGUUCACUCACUUCUGUUCGAAAUUUUGUAUCGGAGUUGGAGUCUCUUAACUUGCCAGUCAAUAUCCUCAUAAACAACGCCGGGAAGUUUGCGCAUGAACAUGCAAUCUCCGAGGAUGGAAUCGAGAUGACAUUUGCCACUAAUUAUCUUGGUCAUUUUUUGUUGACGAAGUUGUUGCUAAACACGAUGAUGAAGACGGCUAAACAAACAGGUGUUCCAGGAAGAAUAGUGAAUGUGUCGUCGAGUAUCCAUGGGUGGUUUUCUGGCGAUAUGAUCCGAUAUAUAGGCCAGAUAUCCAGAAGCAAAAGUCAAUACGAUGCGACACGUGCUUAUGCUCUCUCGAAGCUCGCUAACGUUUUGCAUACCAAGGAGCUUGCCCAGAGACUGAAGCAAGUGGAUGCCAACGUGACUGUGAACUGUGUUCAUCCAGGUAUAGUUAGAACCCGUCUCACCAGGGAACGUGAGGGCUUGAUAACAGAUCUGGUUUUCUUUUUGGCUUCCAAGCUCCUGAAAACCAUCCCUCAGGCAGCUGCCACGACUUGUUACGUCGCCACGCAUCCAAGACUGCUAAAUAUAAGUGGGAAAUACUUUGCAGACUGCAACGAAGCAUGGACAUCCAAACUGGGGUCGAAUUCCAACGAAGCUGCAAAGCUUUGGGCUGCCUCUGAAAUCAUGGUUUCCAAACACGCUAAAGCAGUGUUUGAUCCGCUUAGUGCCUUCGAUUAUCACCAUAUGUAAUAAAAAUAAAGAGAUGAAAAAAAAAAGAA